GCUCGCUCGGCCGCGCCGGGGGGCGUCUUCGAGAGGCUGUACCAGGACGCCGCCACGCACGACGGCAAGAGGAGGGAGCGGGAGCAGCGGCAGGAGCGGGAGUGGCUGGCCGAAAGCCUGCACGCUGGCCUCAGGGCCGACGUCGCCGGCGCGGUGCGGCGGCUGCACAACGAGGACACGGAGAGGCGGCGGGAGGCGAGGCAGCUGCUCGCCGAGAAGCGCGAGGCCGAGCUGGCCGAGGAGACGACCUUCGCGCCCACCCUCUCGCCGCGCGUGCUGGACGGGACGCUCCCCCAAGCUCGCCCUGGGCCGACGAUGGCGCUGGAGCUUGGGCCGAGCUGGGCUCGGUGGAGGGGCGCCGCUGCGCCUGGCUGGAGCGCCAGCGGUCGCUUCGGAGGGGCUUGGAGGAAAGGCUGCUGCUGGCCCGGGAGAGGCAGGAGGGCGAGGAGCUCCAGUACCUGCAGGAGCACAGCGUCCACCGUGAGGCCGCCGGGCACGACCCCGCUGACGCCUGCGAGCGUCUCUACCGGGAGGCCUCGCGGCGCCGUACGCGGCUGGAGCGGCGCCUGGCCGAGCGGGCCGAGCUGGAGCGGCGGGAGGUCGCAGAGCGCCUGGCCCACGGGGCGGCGCGCGGCGCGCCCGAGGCCGCGACGCGGCGCGCCGAGCGGCUCUACGCGGAGGCCCUGGGGCGCCAGGCGCGCCAGAGGGCCCGCGUCGAGGCCAGCGAGCUGGGGAGCGAGGGGGAGCCCGACGAGGCGCUCGGGCGGCGCGGUUCGCCGGGCUCGCCGCGCAGCCCGCGGGGGGGCGCCGCCCCCAGCCGCUCGCCGGCCAGCGAGGCAAGGCUCCUCGUGCUCCCGGGGGAAGGGUCGCCGCCCAGUCUCGGGAGGACCUUGCGCUGGAGGUGUUCCGCUCCCUGGACACCAGGCGCACCGGGAGGUGCGGGGGCCAGCAGCUGCGCCGGCUCGCCAGCCUCUGCAGGUUCCAGGGCGAUGCCAGGCAUUGGGAGGACGAGUUCCGGGCCCUCCGACGGGGCGGACUGGACGCCGCAAGGUUCGCCGAGCUCAUCGGGGACCCAGAAAGCUUCUGCUUCUUGAGCGAGGACGACAUGCGGCUCGUGCUGCUCCAGGUGGGCUCGCGGUCUGA